AUGGCAAAAAAUUUUGCAUCGGUAGGUCUAACUGAAGGUCAGAAUACAACAGUUCCUCCGUGUAAAACGACUCCUGCACCUAUACCAUCACCGUGUACAACAACCCCCGCUCCAGCAACUCCAGCACCUACACCGUGCUCAUCAACGCCAGCUCCAGUAACUCCAGCAUCUACACCGUGCUCAUCAACGCCAGCACCAGUAACUCCAACACGUUCACCUAGACCAAGAACUCCAACACUAACACCUUCAGCUCCAGUGUCUAUACCGUGUAUGACAACUCCAACUCCAGUAACUCCAGCAUCUACACCGUGCAUAACAACACCAACACCUUGCAUAAAAACCCCAGCACCUUGCCAAGACUCAGUCAUUGCCAAUUCCAACAGCAAACCAAUGACUGCAUCUCAGUCUAUGGAUUCAAAAUAUUUGGAGAAUAUUUGCUUGGAUAAAAGGAACGGCUUUUUGUUACCUUCGCUGAGAAGUUGUAACGAUUAUUACAUUUGCCGCAAUGGAGAUGCCGUCCAACUCAGCUGCGGCAAACUUCAUUACAAUCCUUUGAAGGGACUCUGCGAUCGACCUGAAUACGCUGGUUGUGGACAUUUGCUUUUAUAG